GUUGGGGAGUUGUGUUAUAGUGUUUUAAAAAACAAAUUACAUUAUAACUUUUUAAUAUUAAGUAAAUUAAAAUAAAAAUUAAAUAAAAUGGACGACAAAGGACGGAAAGUUAUCGUUUGCGACAACGGUACCGGCUUUGUGAAAUGUGGCUUCGCUGGUAGCAAUUUUCCGGCAUUUAUAUUCCCUUCCAUGGUCGGCAGGCCGAUCAUACGCGCAGAAAACAAAAUAGGAGAUAUUGAUGUUAAGGACAUUUGUAUUGGUGACUUGAUGGUGGGUGAUGAAGCAUCCAAACUGCGAUCCAUGCUUGAAGUUAGCUACCCUAUGGAGAAUGGGGUCGUACGUAAUUGGGAGGACAUGUGCCACGUGUGGGACUACACAUUCGGUCCGAGCAAGAUGAACGUCGAUCCGAAAGAGACGAAGAUUUUGCUCACCGAACCCCCGAUGAAUCCAACUAAGAAUCGAGAGAAAAUGAUCGAGGUGAUGUUUGAAAAGUACGAGUUCGACAGCGCUUACGUCGCCAUACAAGCGGUGCUCACGUUGUACGCUCAGGGACUGAUAUCGGGAGUGGUCGUGGACUCGGGUGACGGUGUGACGCACAUUUGUCCCGUGUAUGAAGAGUUCGCGCUGCCUCAUCUCACCAGGAGGCUGGACAUAGCCGGGCGGGAUAUCACGAGGUAUCUCAUCAAAUUGCUUCUGCUCCGAGGGUAUGCUUUCAAUCAUUCCGCUGACUUCGAGACGGUGAGGAUGAUGAAGGAGAAGCUCUGCUACAUCGGAUACAACAUCGAGCAGGAGCAGCGGCUGGCGCUGGAGACCACCGUGCUGGUGGAGCCCUACACGUUGCCGGACGGUCGAGUGAUCAAGGUGGGGGGCGAGAGGUUUGAGGCGCCCGAGGCUCUGUUCCAGCCGCACCUCAUCAACGUGGAGGGGCAGGGGAUCGCGGAGCUGGUCUUCAACACCAUACAGGCGGCCGACAUAGACAUGCGCAACGAGCUGUACAAGCACAUCGUGCUGUCCGGGGGCUCCACCAUGUACCCGGGGCUCCCGUCGCGGCUCGAGCGCGAGAUCAAGCAGCUGUAUCUGGAGCGGGUGCUGCGGAACGAAUGCGAUAAGCUAUCGAAAUUUAAGAUCAGAGUGGAAGAUCCUCCCCGGCGCAAGGACAUGGUGUUCAUCGGAGGCGCCGUCCUGGCCGAGGUCUGCAAGAACAGGGACAACUUCUGGCUCUCCAGGAACGAGUACCUCGAGCAGGGAUUGUCCUGUCUCAGGAAGCUGGGCCCGCGGGCAAGUUAAGUCACAACGUAUUUUGCCACACAUUGAAUUGACAACAUGGAGAACGCUUGGCGCACGACGACCUAUACAGAUAUCGAUGGAGUGAUAACUGGCAUUAAAACCGGUGACAAGUUUAUUGACAGUGGCCAUAACGUACUGGCACACGCUCGCCCGGGUGUAGUGCGCGCUGACAUUGACAUUGGCAAUCGCUUUCCCGCAAUCGGUGGUCUUGCUUCAAGGUCUUCAAUCGGACUUCAGCAUCAGCGCGAUAGCUGGUGCCUACACACCGCUCUGACCCUCGAAUUAUCCUGAAUGUUCGCGAACAGUCCGGGCGUUAGUUGUUUGUUGGCGCCGCUAUUCCCCAAAAGAUGGCGUUAGUUGUCGCCAGCAGUAAAGUACAGUACCUGACGUUAAAUGUUGCACAUCGACCUUUGUAAAGAAACGAUUUGCUACGACACUACCUAUAUGACGUUAAUUAGUUUAUACUAGUGGUCCCGCAGUAGUCGAUAUUCGACUAUAAUUAUUUGAAAUUGUAAGUUUGUACACUAUUAUGAUUCUAUUUUCAAAGACUAUUAUA